CGAGGGCAGCUCCGCGCGGAGGUGGGACUGGCGGGUUGGGAACGGAGGUGGGGCCCGUCGGGGGCCGGCGCGUGGAGGGUGGGCGGAUCCGGCCGCUGCCGGGCGGAUGGGAGCUGCGCGAGGAGACGGGCGCGCGUGGAGAGGGGGCGGGAGUUGGCAUUCGGUGGUCCUGGCAGUUAGCUGAGCGCGCCCUCUGAGCCGCUCGGUGGACACCAGGCACUCUAGUAGGCCUGGCCUACCCAAGAACAGCAGGAGAGAGAAGAAACAGGCCAGCUGUGAGAAGCCAAGGGCACCAAGUCAGUCAUGGCACCUAAGGCGGCAAAGGGGGCCAAGCCAGAGCCAGCGCCAGCUCCACCUCCACCCGGGGCCAAACCCGAGGAAGACAAGAAGGAUGAUAAGGAGCCAUCGGACAAACCUCAAAAGGCGGUGCAGCCCAAGCACGAAGUGGGCACGAGGAAGGGGUGUCGCCGCUACCGGUGGGAAUUAAAAGACAGCAAUAAAGAGUUCUGGCUCUUGGGGCACGCUGAGAUGAAGAUUCUGAGUUUGGGCUGCCUAAUAGCGGCAAUGAUACUGUUGUCCUCACUCACCGUGCACCCCAUCUUGAGGCUUAUCAUCACCAUGGAGAUAUCCAUCUUCAGCUUCUUCAUCUUACUGUACAGCUUUGCCAUUCAUAGAUACAUACCCUUCAUCCUGUGGCCCAUUUCUGACCUCUUCAAUGACCUGUUUGCCUGUGGGUUCCUUGUGGGAGCCGUGGUCUUUGCUGUGAGAAGUCGGCGAUCCAUGAAUCUUCACUACUUACUUGCUGUGAUUCUUAUUGGUGUAGCUGGAGUUUUUGCUUUUAUCGAUGUGUGUCUUCAAAGAAACCACUUCAAAGGCAAGAGGGUCAAAAAGCAUAUGCUGGUUCCUCCUCCAGGAAAGGAAAAAGGACCCCAGCAGGGCAAGGGACCAGAACCCGCCAAGUCACCAGAACCCGCCAAGCCACCAGAACCUGCCAAACCACCAGAACCUGCCAAGCCACCAGAGCCAGCAAAGGGAAAGAAAUGACUUGGAGGAGGCUCCUGGUGUCUGAAACGGCAGUGUAUUUUACAGCACUACG